AUGGCAUUUCCGAUACCUGAUACCGUCUCGCCUCUCAAAACCGCAAUUCAACAAUUCGAGCACCUAACAACAGUAACCUACUCCUCUGGCUUCCUCCGCGUCCUAGUCGGUACACCUUUCUCAAUUCCGAACCCAUCAAAUCUAAACGGCAAAGAUAAUACCACAAAAAUCCACCCAUUCCUUCUUUCUAUAAACCGUACUCUAGCUAUCUCCCACAAAAUCAAAAUCUCUCCAAAUAUCCAAUCUCUCUCCUCCACGGGUAUAACCUCAAAUCUAAUCGAUCUCUCAUCCCAUGAUUUUCUAUCCCAAGCCCUUCAAAGGUGCACGAUAUCACCGGCACUAGAAGCUUCAAUCGAACGUCUCCGAAAUGACCGAUUAUCUGGCGCAGGUCGUCUAGCCACUUUAGCCGUGAAAGAGUUUGCGUCCCUAUGCGCCACGGAUCCAGUCCUUCUCUCUCGUCAAAACACCCAAGAAUGGUGGACUUCUUUACGGCUAUAUGGUUGGCAUCUAUUCCAUUCUCGUCCAUCCAUGUCGAGUAGUAUUCAGAACUGUAUUAUCCGGAUAUUACAAUCAAUCAACACCAAGCUUCCCACACUCCCCACCGACGCUUGUGACCGCGCUGAACAGGUGUCUAAUAUAAUAUUAACGUCAUUAAAGUCCACUCGAUCGAAGUCAUAUACAAUCCCCCAGUCAUUCGUCACAUUAGUCCAAUCCCUCCCAUCAUUCGUCGAAGCUCGCGACCAUAAACGACUUUUUAACAUUCUAGUACAUUCGAACUCUUCGGUAAUGGCAUCAAGUCUCGUAUCACUUUUCAACACUACAAACAGACCUCGCAUCCGAGUUUUCGUGUUAGAAUCCCGUCCGUUAUUUGAAGGCGUGACACUGGCACGGUAUCUCCGGAGCCAAAUCCCUGAGAACGCAGGUAAUGCGAAGUUAGCCGGUGUACCCGCCGUUACGGUAGAAGUUGCUGUCGAUGCCGCGGUGGGAAAUUACACAAAAGUCGCGGAUUUGUACGUUUUGGCGGCGGAUAGGAUUUAUCCUAACGGCGACGUAUCGAACAAAAUCGGGUGUUUGACGGCGGCUUUAGGGAUGAGGUUUAAUGAGAGGAGAAGGAAUGGUUCUUCUGCAGCGGCUAGUAAUGCGGGGAAUAGUAAAAGCAUUAUUGUAAUAGGAGCGACGGAUAAGGUAUGUGGGAAAGAUGAAAGAGAUAGAGGGUGGGAUUAUAGUUAUGAAGAAAAUGAUGGUGGAGAGGUGAAAGAAUGUUGGCCUGGAGAAUGCGAUGAUGUCGAUUCUCCUGCGGAGCUUUCGGAUAGUGAUGCGGAGGGCAAGGGGGAUGUCAGCGUGAGGAACAUGUAUUUCGAAACCGUGCCGGCGGAAUUGAUUGAUGUUUAUCUUACUGAAGAAGGAGUAUUGGAUGCUGAAGGCAUUGGAGAGGUCGCGGAUUGUCAUUUGAGAAGGGAGAUGGAAAUAUUUGGGGAACUAUAG